GUCAAGUUCAUUUCAAGUGCAAAAGAAUUUGAUAACAAUUCAAAUCGAGUCAAGGCCUCUAAAAAUAAGUUAAUUCUAUAAAGUGUUAAAGUAAACAACUUGUAGUUAGUUCUAGUUUCGUACUACAGAGAGAUUGAUCUAAGGCACAGAACAAAUUCAUAUACAUACGGAGUAUAACUGUAUUUUUGGUAGCAAAUAGAAACAAUAAAAUGAAUUUUGCUGGCAAAGUAAUUAUAGUCACCGGCGCCAGCUCGGGUAUCGGAGCCGCCACAGCCGUAUUUUUAUCGAAACUGGGCGCAAAAUUGUCUCUAACAGGAAGAAACGUGGACAACUUGUCGAGGACCAGCAAAGAAUGUGGGAGUACAGCGAAUAUACAUUUAAUUCCGGCAGACCUGACCAAAGAAAAAGACAUCGAAAACAUAAUAAAUAGUACUGUUGAUCAUUAUGGACAACUAGAUGUAUUAGUGAAUAACGCGGGAAUUUUAGAGACUGGAAGCAUAGAGAAUACGUCUCUAGCUCAGUAUGACAGACUUAUGAAUACAAAUGUACGCUCAAUUUAUUAUUUAACAAUGUUAGCAGUUCCUCAUCUUAUUAAAACUAAAGGUAACAUUGUUAAUGUAUCAAGUGUUAAUGGAAUUAGAUCGUUCCCUGGUGUUCUAGCAUACAAUGUGUCUAAAGCAUCAGUCGAUCAAUUCACAAGGUGUGUAGCGCUGGAGUUGGCGCUAAAAGGCGUCAGAGUGAAUGCUGUUAAUCCAGGUGUGAUUCUGACUGAGUUACAGAAACGCGGAGGUUUGUCCGAUGACCAGUACCGUGCGUUUUUGGAGAGGACCAAGGAAACACAUGCAUUAGGACGUCCAGGGAAACCGGAUGAGGUUGCUGCUACAAUAGCGUUCUUGGCUAGUGACCUUGCAAGCAAUAUCACUGGUGCUAGCGUGCCAGUGGAUGGUGGACGUCAUGCUAUGUGCCCCCGUUAAAACCUCAUAUCUGUCAAUAGGUCCUUACUAAUCAAUGUUGAGCAAACU